CCGGAGCAUCUCUCCUCGCUCAGUGCCCCUGUGGAGGCUACCAGUUGAACAUCUGGAGGGACAUCAACAUAUGUAUAUUUUUUUCUUCAGAGAAAUAUGGUCAGUGUUCUGCUACGUGCUUGUGCGAUGCCGUUUGGCUACACCAGUGACAUGAUUGACAGUGACUUUACCUGUGACGACUUGUGCUUUUCCACUGCAGAAAUGAAUUCACGAAACAUCCAGAGACCAAGAGGGUUGCCAGCGCCUCUGCCUGACGUCAUACUCAGCCACACACCGCAACCUUCGCCUCUGCGACGAUCACAGUCAUACCUCUCCUUCUUCCCUGAAAAGCUCACUCAUGCCCUCCCCACGCCCACCCUCGACAUGCCCCAAGCAGUGCCCUCCACCACCACACUUGGGGUCCGCAGGAACUCCCAAGCUCGCUCCAUCUCCGUCGGAAACCUCACCAGCUUGGAGGAAAGCGUCAGAAUGGGACUGAAACGCAUCCGGAAGGUACGGCACAGAAUACAGAGCGACGAGCCCCAAUCCUACCAAAACCACACUCUUCCCCAGCUUUCUUGGCCGUCUCCACGGCCCCACCGGAACCUCUGCUACCGUCUUCCAAGAGAGGGGGAGAGUGUCCGGGAUGAUGCAGUGGAUGGAGAACACUCACAGGAAGAGACGGAGGAACAAGGUCGGUGGAGGAAAGCAGGAAGAGAGCUUCGCAAGAUCGCUGACCACUUCGAACUCAACACUGCCAAGGUUGCUGCCAAGAGAAGUAAAGUGGCUCCUCUGAACCUUGUAGUGCCCGGAGCCCUCACCAGGUGCCUGACAGCCUCCUUGCUUUGCCUCGUCUGGUGGCGUCUCCUUAACAAACUCCGCUGAUCCAGUGGAAGACCACAGCACCCUCAUUUCAUUGAUAUUUUUUAUUGCUUUACGGUGAGGGCGACUCAAACUAUGGUCCUUGCAUUAUGCAUCACUUGAAGCACGAGGAAGACGUUUAUUCCUGUUUCCGCGUAGAGUGGGAGUGCCAAGAGGUCGAUGUUGCUUAGCGUGUUCCUCGGCGGUGUAAUGCUACCAUCUCGGGCGUCCCAGGAGGUGAUGGUUCUCGUCGUCUGCGUCACCUCCUUCAUCCACCGCUCCUGAGCAACAUCAAGAUCUGCAUCUUCCCUCAGUGGUGGAUUUUACUCCAACCUCACGAUUUCUGGUCAACCUCUAAAGAAGUAAACAAACUCUGAACAAAUACCGAGCACAGUAGGCUUAAGAAGUGUUGCCAGACUUUGUUGAUGUAAGGUAAGGCCUAAGAGGUGCCUCUGUAAGACAGUGCUUCAAUAGGGAAGAAAUAACUGGUCAUUGCACAGGCGCACAUCAAAGUACAGGAGACUGGUACAGUGUAUCACCUAGACCAGUUUUGUAACCAAAUAUUUUUGGAAUUAGGUCACCAUGCAGUUAAUGCCUUAAGGUGUACUUGGUCAAUAUGCAGCUUAUUGUAUCAAUCAUAUGCACCCAUCACUAUGUUCAACUCCACAUGACCUGAAAUGUCACUUUUUGCAGGCGAUGAGUCACAAUAACGUGGCUAAAGUAUGAUGACCAGACCACACACUAGAAGGUGAAGGGAC